GCAGUCGCAUUGCUUUUUAUAAUUUCCAAUUAGUUUUGGUCAGUUUUGAAUCUAGAACUGGUCAAAGGUGCAGGGAACUGCAAGGAAUUAAUUUGGAAAAUAAUGGACCUGAGCAGCGAUGACAGCGAUUCAUCUUUCGGGAAUGGGAGUCCCCUCACCACCAGAUCCACGAGUGCCUCCAGCGACACCAGCAGCGUGAGCUCUGUGAAAUCAAAGUCCUCAUCCAGCGAGGAGGAGAGCCGCUUUCCGAACAGCAACUACGAUAUUAUCACCGAGGCCAACUUGAAGCAGUUUGUGCAAAGGGUCGACAAGCUUGCCGUGCUGGACGAUCAGGCAGUCGAUAUGUUGGCCAAAAUUGCCGAUGUCUUUGUUAACGACGUGGCCCGGAAUGUGGUCAAGUUGGCCCAUUACCGAAAGGAUCGGAUGAGCAUGUUGGACCUCAAGUUUACCCUGAAGCGUGAAUACAAUAUGGAAUUUCCCCACGAAAAUGUAGAAGAGAAAAGGAAGGAUAAUACUAUUCAAAAAUAUUAUUAUUAAAAAAGCUAGAAAAAUGUAUUCGCAAAAA